CCUGUCCCCCGUGUCCCUGCAGAGGUGCUGCUGCGGGUGCAGGUGUUUGAGAGCGGCACGCUGGCCCCGCUGGCCCAGGUGGCCCUGGACGUGUUCGGUGCCCGCAGCGCGCUGGCAGCAGGGACCACUGACGCCUCGGGCACCGGGGUGCUGCCCGUGCCCUACCGCCUGGGCUCCUGGCUGCUCGUCACCGCCGCUCGCCGCGGAUACGUCACUGCCUCUGUCCCCUGGCGUGUCACCAAACUGCCGCGUGAGUCACUGGGACCCCUAAGAGGUUUUGGUGUAGAGGUCCCUUACGGGGGGGUGUUUGGGAGGGGGCUGGUGGCCAUGGCAGCAGGUGUGACAGACAUCAGCACCUACCACACCAUCUUCCUCCUCACCAUCCUGGGUGCCCUGGCCCUGCUCGUGCUCAUCCUCCUCUGCCUCCUCAUCUACUACUGCAGGCGGCGCUGCCUGAAGCCGCGGGCUCAGCACCGCAAGCUGCCGCUGCCGGGGCCGCUGGACGCGGCGCGCCGGGACCAGGCCACCUCGGUGUCGCAGCUGGACCUCCUGUGCGGGGGCAGCCACCUGGAGACCGCCUCCUCGGGGGGCGACACCGACCUGCCCACCCCCAGCCUGCCCCCCUCCACCCGCGAGCUGACCGCGGGCAGCGGGGGGCGGCGCGGGGGGGGCAGCGGCCGCAGCAGCGCCAGCGAGGCCCCCCGAGACUCCCUGACCAGCCCCGAGGAGGAGGCGCUGGCCGAGGCGGGCGACGGGGGCGACGAGGGGGGCGACCGCAAGAGCCCCUGGCAGAAGCGAGAGGAGCGGCCACUGAUGGUCUUCAAUGUCAAGACGGGGGGGGCUGGCACUGCCCCCCGAGCCAGCGGUGCCUCCAAGCUGCCGUAG